AUGUAUCGAAUCUCGAACAUCUACGUUCUCGCCGCGUUUGGCACCAUCGGCGGUGCUCUCUUUGGUUUCGAUGUGAGCUCAAUGAGUGCUUGGAUAGGCGUGGACACAUAUAAUGAAUUCUUCGAUCACCCGGACUCGAAUCUCCAAGGAGGUAUUACAGCUUCCAUGUCUGCCGGCUCCUUCGCCGGGUCUAUUGCAGCAGGUUGGCUUUCGGAUAUUCUCGGCCGUCGUGGUGCCUUGAUGAUUGCAUCUCUAGUCUGGAUUGUGGGGGCAAUGGUUCAAUGCAGCGCUCAAGGCGUUACACAUCUGGUGGCGGGUCGUGUUGUAAGUGGCCUUGCUGUGGGCGUAACCUCGUCACAAACCUGCGUCUACCUUUCGGAAUUGGCUCCAGCUCGGAUUCGUGGUCGAGUCGUGGGCAUUCAACAGUGGGCCAUUGAAUGGGGCAUUCUCAUCAUGUAUCUGAUUGCAUAUGGAUGUGCUGUUGGAGUGUCGGGGCCCGCUGCGUUCCGAAUCUGUUGGGGUAUUCAGGCGGUACCUGGCCUCACCUUGUUUAUUGCACUAUUCUUCUUCCCAGAGUCCCCUCGUUGGCUGGCCGGAAAGGAGAGGUGGGAAGAGGCUCUGGAAACCCUGGCUCUGAUCCACGGCAAUGGUAACCGCAAUGACCCUGUUGUGCAGGUCGAGUUUGAAGAGGUUCAGGAGGCAGCCCGAAUAGCUCACCAGGCUAAGGAUGUCUCGUUCUUCGCCUUGUUUGGACCUCGAGUUUGGAAACGAACUAUGUGUGGAAUGAGUGUCCAGAUGUGGCAACAGCUGCUUGGUGGUAACGUUGCCAUGUACUACGUGGUCUACAUCUUUGAGAUGGCUGGCAUGACCGGAAACACCACUCUCUGGUCAUCCGCCAUUCAGUACGUGCUUUUCCUCGUGACGACAGGUGUUAUGCUUCCGUACAUAGAUCGCGUCGGCCGCCGCAAGUUGCUUCUUAUCGGCUCCGUUACGUGCAUGGUGAUCCACUUUAUCAUCGCUGCCGUAAUGGCCAGCAAGGGAAACGCCGUUUCCAAUGUCAAUGGCAACUCCAACCUAACCUGGUCGAUCAAAGGUUCCUCUGGCAUGGCGGUGAUUGCAUUCUCAUACAUCUUCACCUCCGUCUACGGAUUUACCUGGGCACCCACCGCGUGGAUCUACGCCUCUGAAGUCUUCCCUCUCAAGUACCGAGCCAAGGGCGUCGGCCUUUCUGCAUCAGCCAACUGGAUCUUCAAUUUUGCUCUAGCUUACUUUGUCGCCCCCGCGUUUCAUAAUAUCCAGUGGAAGACGUAUAUCAUCUUUGGAGUCUUUUGCUUUGCAAUGACUUUCCAUGUCUUCUUUACUUACCCAGAGACUGCGGGUCGGUCCUUGGAGGAGAUUGAUAUGGUGUUCGAUACAGAUGCCAAGCCGUGGCGAACGAACACCAUCCAAGAUAGGUUUGGAGAGGAGAUUUCGAAGCACAAAGAAGCUGGCGUCGUCAAGGAGGGGAGUGGAGCUACCCAUGCUGAGGUUGCCUAA